UUCUCGGUGUGAAGUUCCGAGCCGGAGGGAUGAAGGGAGGAGCCGCAAAUUGGAGAUCAGAUCUAGGCAACAACAUGGACUCUUGGGAGGAGACUGGAGGUUCAUCAACAGAGGAAACAGGAAGUUCCUCUGCAGAGAACUACUUUUUGAAUUACACUUUCACUGACCGUUCUCACUCAGGCCGUGUUGCCCAGGGAAUUAUGAAGCUAUGCCUAGAGGAUGAGCUUUUUGCAGAUGUCACCAUCUCUGUAGAAGGCAAAGAAUUCCAGCUGCACCGGCUAGUCCUCUCAGCUCAGAGUUGCUUCUUUCGUUCUAUGUUCACUUCCAAUCUGAAGGAGGCUCAUAACCGGGUGAUUGAGUUACAAGAUGUUAGCGAGAGCGUAUUUCAGCUGCUGGUAGACUAUAUUUAUCAUGGAACUGUAAAGCUAAGGGCAGAAGAUUUGCAAGAGACUUAUGAGGUGGCCGAUAUGUACCAGCUAACUGCACUAUUUGAGGAGUGUUCCCGUUUCUUGGCUCGAACAGUACAAGUGAGGAACUGUCUGCAGAUUAUGUGGCUAGCUGAUCAGCACAGUGAUGUGGAGCUCUACACUGCUGCCAAACAUUGUGCCAAGUCAUACUUAUCACAGCUUCAGGAAACAGAGGAGUUUCUACACCUUCCACUCCGUCUCUUGACAGAUAUUCUUACAGAUGGGGUUCCAUGUUCCCAGAAUCCAACUGCUGCCAUUGAAACCUGGAUCAACUUCAAUAAAGAAGAACGUUCAGGUUUCUCAGAAAUACUGCGAUCAAGUUUAAAGGAGAUUGGAGAAAACGUUCAUAUCUACCUGAUUGGAAAAGAGUCAUCGCGCACACAUUCGCUCGCUGUGUCUCUGCACUGUGGUGAUGAUGACUCCAUCAGUGUUAGCGGUCAGAACAGCUUGUGCCACCAAAUCACUGCAGCCUGCAAGCAUGGCAGUGAUCUGUAUGUCGUUGGAGGCUCUAUUCCACGACGCAUGUGGAAAUGCAACAACACUACAGUAGACUGGGAAUGGUGUGCUCCCCUGCCCCGUGACAGGCUCCAGCACACACUGGUCUCCGUGCCCAGUAAGGAUGCAAUCUAUUCACUGGGUGGCAAGACCCUGCAGGACAUUCUCUCUAAUGCCAUCAUAUACUACAGAGUAAGAGACAAUGUUUGGACAGAGACUAGUCAGCUGGAAGUAGCCGUUUCUGGAGCUGCAGGUGUGAAUCUCAAUGGCUUUAUUUAUUUGUUGGGUGGGGAAGAGAAUGACCUUGACUUCUUUACCAAGCCCUCUCGGCUUAUCCAGUGCUAUGACACUAACACAGAGAAAUGCUAUGUGAAGCCCUAUGUGUUACCCUUUGCAGGGCACAUGCAUGCCGCUGUGCACAAGGACUUGGUGUUCAUAGUGGCAGAGGGGGACUCACUCAUGUGUUAUAACCCUCUGCUGGAUAGCUUUACCCGGCUCUGUCUGCCAGAUGCCUGGAGUUCAGUACCCUCCCUUUGGAAAAUUGCUAGUUGUAAUGGUAACAUCUAUAUCUUCCGGGAUCGCUACAAGAAAGGGGAUGCCAGCACCUUCAAACUCAAUCCAGCCACUUCUGUGGUAACUGAUACCAGUGGUCUCAAAGUGCUGCUUACCAAUUUGCAGUUUGUGCUGGCCUGAGGGAAGAACAUCUCCAGACCCGAUCAAUGGAGACAUUCCUUGAAGCAGCUCAGAGAUGCCUAGAUACCCUAGCUCCUGCUCCCUAAGGCAGAUCACAGUACUUUCGAGAAGUUCUUCCUUUGUCAGCUGCUGCUGCCAAAGACUUAAUUUGCCACAAUCUGGGUCCUAACUGGAGUACUGCUAUCACUGUGAUCCCCUGAUGUUCAGCUUUUUGUGUCUCAAAGCCACAUAGUUAAGAGGCUUCUUAGAUGUACACCCUUUAUCACCAGCAAGCCCUGUACAAUAUAGAUGAACUCUUUCUACAGUCAUCUGGAGUUUCGUGUUGCAGGUUCUGCAGACAACUGUAAAGGUAUAAAGUCCCUCAGCUGCAACUGCCAGAUAAGUGGUUUCUUGUGAAGGUCCCUCUCUCACUUGGGCUGUAGAAGAACUGUUUAGCUAGAGCUACUUAAACACUGCUGUUGACUUGGUUCUACUACGAGUCAAUGAGACCACUAUUCCUCAGUAUAUUACCACCCAGCAGGAAAAGAAAAAGCUUUCCUUGAUGCCAAUAUGCCAACUGAGAUCCCCCUGCCUGGCUACUAGAGGGCUCAUCCUCUUACUGUGGCUUAUGCAAAAGAGCAUGUUAUACAGAGGAAUAGUGUCAGAGCUACUUGUGGAUGCUGUCAGUCUCUUGAUUGCAAGUCUGAAUAAAGGUAUCUA